CUAUAGGCCUCGGCUCGGCGUAAAGCCCUUGCCGGCCGUGUUGCGCCUGGCGGCCCCAGCGCCGCCUCUUUCCGGAAGGGCAUCCUUGCAGGCUGUGCCUGUGUCAGCAGCCAGGGUCCUUCCUCUCCGCUGCGCAGCCCAUGUGGGCCCCCUCCCCCUUGCACGUGGGAAGCUGGCACCAGAGUUUAAAGGCACCAGGGUCCUCUUGGCUUACAGAACUGGUUUCUGUAAGGAAGGAAGCAGAAAAAGCAAGGGAACAGUCUCCGAGUCAGCGGCUGGGUUUGGAGGCAUCUUCCUUGUUUGCACGUGUCGAUUCCAAUUUUGUGUACCCAAGGAUCUCUAGCUGAAAAUGCAGCGCAAGAAAGUGGACAAUCGCAUCCGGAUACUGAUCGAGAAUGGAGUAGCUGCACGGCACAGGACACUUUUUGUGGUCGUAGGGGAUCGUAGCAAAGAUCAGGUAGUCAUACUUCAUCAUAUGUUGUCUAAAGCAGCUGUAAAGGCUAGACCAUCAGUAUUAUGGUGUUAUAAGAAAGAGCUGGGCUUCAGCAGCCACCGUAAAAAAAGAAUGAGGCAGUUGCAGAAGAAGAUUAAAACUGGAAUGUUAGAUCUGAAACAAGAUGACCCGUUUGAGUUGUUCAUAGCAGCCACAAACAUUCGGUACUGUUACUACAACGAGACUCACAAAAUUCUUGGAAAUACUUUCGGCAUGUGCGUCCUCCAGGACUUUGAAGCUUUGACGCCCAAUUUGCUGGCUCGUACAGUUGAAACCGUGGAAGGCGGCGGCAUCGUGGCGAUUCUUCUGAGAACAAUGAACUCCCUGAAGCAACUCUACACCAUGACCAUGGAUGUACACUCUCGCUACCGGACAGAAGCACAUCAGGAUGUGGUCGGCCGAUUCAAUGAAAGGUUCAUUCUUUCUUUGGCCUCUUGCAAAACCUGCAUGGUGGUUGACGAUCAGCUUAACAUCCUCCCGAUCUCUACCCAUGUAGCAGACAUUGCUGCUAUUCCACCCCGGUCUCAGGAGGAAAGUCUGAGUCCUCAGGACAUGGAGCUGAAGGAACUAAAGGAGAACCUCCAGGAUACCCAGCCUGUAGGAGUGCUUGUGGAUGGUUGUAAAACCCUGGAUCAGGCCAAAGCUGUUUUGAAGUUCAUUGAAGCCAUUUCUGAGAAGACGCUGAGAAGCACUGUGGCUUUAACAGCCGCUCGAGGUCGUGGUAAAUCAGCUGCCUUGGGGUUGGCCAUAGCUGGAGCAGUGGCUUUUGGCUAUUCCAACAUUUUUGUCACAUCUCCCAGCCCAGAUAACCUUCACACCCUGUUUGAAUUUGUAUUUAAAGGCUUUGAUGCUCUGCAGUAUCAGGAACACUUGGAUUAUGAGAUCAUUCAGUCUCUCAACCCUGAAUUUAGCAAAGCAGUCGUCAGAGUGAAUGUGUUCAAAGAGCAUAGGCAGACUAUCCAGUAUAUCCACCCUGCUGAUGCUGUGAAACUGGGGCAAGCUGAGCUGGUGGUGAUUGAUGAAGCUGCUGCUAUCCCUCUCCCACUGGUGAAAAACCUGUUAGGCCCUUACCUGGUCUUCAUGGCUUCUACAAUCAAUGGGUAUGAGGGGACUGGCCGUUCCCUCUCCCUGAAGCUGAUCCAGCAGUUACGGCAACAGAGUGCACAAGCACAGGCCAGUAUGACAGCAGAGAACAAGGCGACGACAACGCUGAAACUGUCCUCAGCUCGCUCGCUGCAUGAAGUUUCCCUCCAGGAAUCCAUUAGGUAUGCCCCGGGAGAUCCAGUCGAAAAGUGGCUGAACGACUUGCUGUGUUUGGAUUGCCUCAACAUCACAAGGAUUAUAUCUGGCUGCCCGCUGCCCGAAACCUGUGACCUAUACUACGUGAACAGGGACACCCUCUUCUGCUAUCACCGAGCAUCAGAGACUUUUCUUCAAAGGCUGAUGGCGCUGUACGUGGCUUCUCACUACAAGAACUCUCCCAAUGACCUCCAGAUGCUUUCAGAUGCUCCUGCCCAUCACCUCUUCUGCCUCCUGCCACCUGUUGCACCUACCCAGAAUUCUUUGCCAGAAGUGCUUGCUGUCGUUCAGGUAUGUUUGGAGGGAGAGAUCGCCCGUCAGUCUAUUAUGAACAGUCUGUCUAGGGGGAAGAAAGCAUCGGGAGAUCUCAUUCCAUGGAGCGUCUCAGAGCAGUUCCAAGAUCCUGACUUUGGUAGUCUGUCUGGUGGGAGAGUUGUUCGCAUUGCAGUCCAUCCUGAUUAUCAAGGGAUGGGUUAUGGCAGCCGAGCUCUGCGUUUGCUACAGAUGUACUAUGAAGGCAAGUUUCCUUGUUUGGAAGAAAAAGUGACUCAGAAGCCAAGAGAAAUAACUACAGUGAGCAGUGAGGCGGUCAGUUUAUUAGAAGAAGCUGUGAUGCCUCGGAAGGAUUUGCCGCCUCUGCUUCUCAAACUGAGCGAGAGGCAAGCUGAGAAUCUGGACUAUCUUGGUGUGUCCUACGGUUUGACACCAAGGCUGCUCAAGUUUUGGAAACGAGCUGGAUUUGUACCAGUUUAUCUGAGGCAGACUCCUAAUGAUCUGACUGGGGAGCACUCAUGUAUCAUGCUGAAGACCUUGAAUGAAGAGGAAGAGAGUGAGCAGGAGAACUGGCUAAGUGCCUUCUGGAAAGAUUUCAGGAGGAGGUUUCUCUCCCUUUUGUCAUAUCAGUUCAGCACUUUCUCUCCUUCAUUAGCUUUGAACAUUUUGCAAAACAGGAAUAUCAAGCAGCCACCUCAACCCCCAAUCAGUCGUAAAGAAUUAGAAGCUGUUUUUAUCCCUUACGACCUGAAGAGGCUGGAGAUGUACUCAAGGAACAUGGUGGACUAUCACUUGAUUAUGGACAUGAUUCCAGCUAUCUCUAAGAUGUACUUUCUCAACCAGCUUGGAGAUAUGACCCUUUCUGCUACUCAGUCUGCUCUUCUUCUUGGGAUUGGUCUGCAGCACAAAUCUGUGGAUCAGUUGGAGAAAGAGUUAGAGCUGCCUAGUGGCCAGUUGAUGGGCCUUUUCAACAGGUCUAUCCGCAAGGUGGUUCAGGUGUUCAACACUAUCCUGGAAAAGGCUGUGGAAGAGCAGAUGGCAGUAACCAAAGACGUUGUAAUGGAGCCAACUCUGAAAUCCUUAAAUGAGGAUUUGGAAGAAGCAGCAAAAGAAUUUCAGGAAAAACACAAGCAAGAUGUUGGGAAGUUGAAAGAUCUGGACUUUUCACAGUAUGUUAUCCGAGGAGAUGAUGAAGAAUGGAAUGAAGUGUUGACCAAAGCAGGACAGAAUGCUUCUAUUGUCAGCCUCAAAAGUGACAAGAAAAGAAAAUCAGAAGCAAUCGCAAUAGGAUCAAAACCGGAGAAGAAAUUUAAAAAGAAAACCCCAAAGCAGAAGUGGAAGAAAUGAUCUCAAAAUCUGGGACAUGGAGCUCUUGUUUUGUGGGAACCUGAAAAGCAAAUCACUGUAGGCCACAAAGAAACCAUCCAUCGAAGUGGGAAGACAUGAAGGUUUUUCCUCCCCUUCAUAUAGGGGCAGCCUGAAGCUAAACAGUUCAGAAGAUCUUUUUUAUAUUAUUGCUGCCAGCUCAGCAUUUGUGUUAUGCUAAAAGAACUGUAGAGCAGUAAACUGGAUUGUUACCAGGAAUUAUGACUCUUUGCAGUUUAGCCUUAAAAAGCCUCUGUUUUGUGUGCCUCAGAGACCUAUAAACAUCUUUCCCUUCUCUUUACUAUUUGUUUCCUUAAUAGCAAUUUUGGAGAGAGGCCUGGGCCUCAGUGCUGCAUGUUUUUUAUUUUUAAUUGAAAGCUGGUAUUUUUUUAAGAAGCGUCAGUACAAUGAGCUUGUAAAAACACUCUGUGGGAUUUUGAAACGGUGGAGUUGCAUUGAGGUGUGUGCUGCAUAUUAUGCCUUUUGAUAAAAAGGGAAGAAUCAGCAGCCUGAGCACUGCCUUCACCUUUGCACUCUGGGUUCUGUGGUUAAUUCUAGACAUUGGUUUCUCCUAGCCAGACCGUCUACUGGUAUUUAGAAAAACAGAGAAUGUGGCAGGGAAUCCUGUCCUUUGAAAAGCAUCUUCCCUGCUUUUCAGUACUCUUACUUGAUAUCAUGUCCCACAGGGCAUUGAUUAAGGAGUGGCAAUAGUGUGGGUGGGUGGUCCCAGUGCUGAAGUCUUUUUUGGGAGGGUGGGACUGACUGAAUCCAUCUGGAUUCAAUUUCUUGACCAGCAAGAAGAGCUUGUACCGCAGACACCUUAUUGGGUCUUCAAACAACACAUAUGUAGUAGGUUGCGUAAUAUAGGACUGUGUCUUCUGCAGGGAUAGUAUUUGAAACAGAGUAUGAUGCUGCCCAGAACAUCCAGUUUUCUUCUUUCUCUUCUCCCUCCAUAAAAAAAAUGUUUCUGGUCCUUAAGACUGAGGAUGUCUCAGCAGUAUCUGGUAAAAUAUCAAAAGUGGGAAGAAAAGUUGUGAUGGUCUGUGGUGUGGCUUAACUGAUAUCCAUGGCAGCCCUCCUAUCCUCUGCUUACUACAGCCUCUAUAGCUUUUUCCUUCCCGGUACUUAUUUAAAAUGUAAAUAAAUAAAACGCCAGAAAUGCAAGCUCUUGGAAGCGAGAGAAAUAUGCAAAAUAAAGAGAUGAAUUAA